AUGUUUCAGAUACGGUCUAUAGAUCAGAAUAGUUUUUAUUCCAAUCCAGAUUUAGCAAUGCUUGAUUUGAGUAAUAAUAAAUUGGUGGAUAUACCACCUUCAACAUUUCUGACUCAAGUUAAUCUAUUCCUUAUCGAUCUAAGCGGUAACAAAUUGGAGCGUACACCCUACGAAGCAUUCAGUCGACGUGUGAAGAUAGUACUUCUAAAGGAAAACCCUUUGGUGUGUUCGGAAGGAGUGCAUAUGCUACAGCAAGGUGUAGGAAUCUAUAUAGCAAGAAGCGAAGACGUUAUUUGUGGAUCACAUAAGAAUCUUAAUCGAAAUAACAUCAGAAAUACUACUGAUAUUACAAAUACGCCGCCUACUUCCACCUAUUUUAUGGUGAACAGUGGAGAAGAGAGCAAUUUCAAACAGGUGGAGAAGCUUUUGCCAAUUAAAACUUCACCAGUAAUUCGUCCAUUAUCCAGUAUCGAUAAUGAAGCAAACAAACUAGAAGCUAGUGUUGGCGAACAACAAGAAAAGAUUGGUACAAAUAAAGUGAUUCCAGUAAGACCUGUUAAUGCACUUGUAAACAUACAACCCAAUCUACUUCUACGAUCAGAGAUGUCCAGUACUGAGCAAUUAACGGAUGCUAUAAGAAGUCGAGCAAGCACAAUUCCUGAAUCUCAGAAUUCCGGCAGGAAAAGAUAUGAAGAUAAAGUGUUGGAAAGCAGUGAAAUGCGUAACAGAAACAGAAGUGAAAAUCAUCAGUAUCCGUUUGAUACCACUAACAUAAUACACCCAUUCCCGAUACCGUUCUUAAAGCGCCCCUCAAAGCUAUCAAAAGCAUAUUUAGCUGCACCCGGAACUACAACAGUCACGGAUGCAGCAUCUGUAAAUAACAGGACGUCAAGCGAACAAACACUGCCACCCAGUAUUGUUGUCGCAAAUCAUAUACAGGAAUCUGACUACACUACUUCAGCAGAGAAGACUGAUAGAGAUCACAUCGGCAAAAAUUCCAUGGAAAAUACAAGAGAAGCACAGGAAAGUGGAGAACAGAUUUUCUUUGAUCUGGAUAAUACAGAAAGGCUCGAACGUGUAACAGCUCCAUCGGUGAUUAUCCUGAUUUGUUUAAGUACCGUUGCCAUUGUUAUGGCUGCCGUGCUUAUUGGUUUGUGUAUUGCGAAACAUCGCCGUCUGCAAACUUACCAUGGAUCGAUGACAACCGAGAGCGCCGCACGUACUAAUGCUUAUGUUGCUGCUCAGCUUGACAUGAUUUACGGAACAGUUAGACGGAAUCGAAAUGUACCGAUACUAAAUCGAUUUGACGAUGGGCAGCCAUGGAUUUAUGCGCCUACUUCGUAUGGGAAUACCGGUUACUACAAAUAG